AUGGCAACUCAUAAUAAAAAGGUUUCUAUAGCUACUCGUAUAAGUGAAUAUCCUGGUGUUUUUAGAGAAGAUGAUGAAAUUAUGUUUUGCAACUAUUGCGAUCAUUCUGUUGAAUGGAGGCAGUCUAAAAAACAAACUACACUUUCUACUAUUAAAAUUUCAUCUGAGUCAAAAAGAGAAGUUAUAGAGAAUUUGAUUAAAGCAUUUUCUUUUGCAAAUAUUCUUCUUGAAAAAGUUAAUAGUUUACUUCCAUUUUUUAAAAAAUAUUUAAAAGAAGGUAGUGCUAUUCCUCAAGCCACCACACUUUAUCAAUUAUAUUUACUAACUGUUUUUGAGUGCCAUCUUACUUCCCUUCAAGAUUUUUUUAUUCAAAAACCU